CUUGAUCAGAAAGUAACCGUAACCAACGUCCAUUACUUCAUACUCAUCUCAUAGUUUUCAUACAUAUUUGAGUUUGAACACCAUAGCUGAAUAGCUCAGAGUCUUACCAAAAACUUUUACUAAUAUAGUCCCUAUAUAUGGUUUAGCUAAUACCUUGAGAGCUUCUUUAAAGAAACUGACACUCGGAGACUUGGGAUCCGCUUACUUGCCAACAAUGGUAGCCAAACGACUACCAACAAGAGAAGAAUCCAUGAUCAGAAAUGUUAGCUGAGAAGCCUCCACCAAUCCACCACUUUAUCACAAAAAGACACUUUUAAAUCCUUGAGAAAAGAUCCCUCCUUAACACCAGAUGCACCCUCCCCAACACUCUCCCCCUAAUCUCUCCGGAAUGCCGAUUAUGUUUUGCAGUUAUACCAACCCUACAUUAAAAAUGUCAUUAAUUUUGUCGUAUCAAGUAUUCAAUUGUUUAUUAAGACCGUCUUAAAAAUGUCAUUAAUGACCUCAUUCUUUUAUAUUGUUUGUUACUUAGAUUUUAAAAGCUAUAAGCUAUAACUAUUAACAAGUAUAAAAAACCUUAUCUAUUUCAUCAAGAUAACGUGGGUUAAAUUUAAACCAACAAAACAAAUUAAUUUUUUUGUUGAUUGAAAGUAUAGGUUCCAAAAUAUGGGUUAUUAGAGGCAUUGACAAGAAAGAAAGAAGAAUGGCGUUGAGGAGCAUGAUUCGUUCGGCCAUGGCUUUACAACCCUUCCUACCCCGGCCUUGUAUUCACCAUUCCAGUCUCACGCCCAUUCACAUUGCCUCUCGCCGCUUUCGUCCUCCGCAACCGCCUACCUCUUGCUCUCACCAUGAAUCGACGCCGUCUCACGACCAUCAAGAACCUCCACCUCAACAACCUUCCGAGAUAUCCAAGAGCGGUGGCACCCACGCUGAUUAUGAUGAAUGGCUCGCAUUGGAUCAGAAGGUCAACUCGUAUCCAAGUGUUCGAGGGUUCACCGCAAUUGGAAUUGGAGGUGACGAUUUUGUGCAAGCCAUGGUCCUUGCCGUUCAAUCUGUUAUCCAACACCCAAUUCCUCAGGGAUGUGUGAAGCAGAAGUCAUCAUCAGGGGGCAAAUAUGUAUCUGUAAAUAUUGGACCCAUUGAAGUUGUUUCCAGUGAGCAGGUCCAAGCUGUAUAUAAUGCCAUGAGGAGGGAUGACAGGAUGAAAUACUUUUUCUAAUAAGUCAGAUUGUAUUUUUAGAUAUCAAGGUAUGUCUACUCAUGGCUGCUUUCUACUUAGGUCAAUUUUAUUCUCUAAUUAAGCCAGGAUAACCAAUACAUAUCCCUGUAGUAAUCAGGAUGAAAGUUGGUUAUGUUUUUAUAUUCUCUGAAGAUGUGGCACACCAACUGUAUGAUUUCCUAGUAUUAGUUUUGAUAGUAUAAUAGAUAUUGUUAAUUCUCUUUUAUUGAUGAGCUGGUUUUAGUUAAAACCAUAAAAAGAGCUUCUUUCAUGUAUAAAUAACUGGAUGUCAUCUCAUCCUGAUAUUCUUAGUAUUUUUAGUAACUAAUAGAUGUAAGGGGGAGAGGGGGACUCUCUUUCAUUAGUCUUCAACACUUACUAUUUUUAGUAACUACUCAAAUUUGAGUUCUGUAAGUGAAAAAUAGUUGUAGGAGAGAUAAUCUCUAUUGUAAGUCGACUCGGUUGAUUUAGAUUAGUCACGUUUCAAUUUGCUUCUGAAUAUGGGUAGAUUAAAACCGAACACGAGAUUCUUGUCUUCCAAUUCUGCCAUGCAUGUCAAGUGUUUAAUUGGCAUCCAUACUCCUGUGAAAUCUCAAUCCGUACUUAAAAAUAAGCAAAAAGCAUAAAGUUUCACAGACUUUAAAUGAUAUCUACGAAGCAU